AUAUUGUUUCCGCUUUACUCCCUCUAGUUUCAUCUCGUUUUUCGUAAACCGGUUCAUUGAUUAAUUUUGUCGGCGGGCUUUUUUAACGUGGCCGAAAUGUACAUCUGAAACUAUUUUCACUUAAAAAAAAUAUUAUAAAACAUUCGCUACACACAGCACUGAUAAAUCAGAUUCCAAUCUACUCGCUGUUUUUAACUAAACGACCCAUAGCGCCUGGCCAGGCAGAAAGGCCACAAUGAAGCUCACAGACAAUGUGCUGCGGAGUUUCAGGGUUGCGAAGGUUUUCCGAGAGAACUCGGACAAAAUCAACUGCUUUGACUUCAGUUCUAAUGGCGAAACUGUAAUAUCGAGUAGCGAUGACGAUUCGAUUGUCUUGUACGACUGCCAGGAGGGAAAACCCAAACGGACACUUUACAGUAAGAAGUAUGGUGUGGAUCUCAUCAGAUACACUCAUGCCGCCAACACUGUCGUCUACAGCUCCAACAAGAUUGAUGAUACUAUUCGAUACCUGUCCCUACAUGAUAAUAAGUACAUUCGAUACUUUCCUGGACACAAUAAGAGGGUUGUUGCUCUGUCUAUGUCUCCUGUUGAUGACACAUUCAUUUCCGGCUCACUUGAUAAAACUAUUCGUCUGUGGGACCUUCGCUCACCUAACUGUCAGGGCCUCAUGCACCUGCAAGGGAAGCCUGUGUGUUCAUUUGAUCCAGAGGGGUUGAUUUUUGCUGCAGGAGUGAAUUCUGAGAUGGUCAAACUUUACGAUCUACGCUCCUUUGAUAAGGGUCCAUUCGCCACAUUUAAACUACAGUAUGAGCGAACAUGUGAAUGGACGGGUCUCAAGUUCAGCAAUGAUGGAAAGCUAAUUCUGGUCUCCACCAAUGGUGGAGCGCUCAGAGUGCUAGAUGCCUUCAAAGGAGCAGUGCUCCACUCAUUUGGGGGCUAUAACAACAGUAAAGGUGUCAUUCUAGAGGCUUCUUUCACGCCAGACUCUCAGUUCGUCAUGAUCGGAUCUGAAGAUGGAAAGAUCCAUGUGUGGAAUGCUGAGAGUGGAAUGAAAGUAGCACUUCUUGAUGGGAAGCACACUGGUCCAGUCACCUGUCUACAGUUUAACCCCAAAUUCAUGACCUUUGCCAGUGCCUGUUCUAACAUGGCAUUCUGGUUACCUACGAUUGAUGACUGAUGGGCCGCUGUCAGGCAUCAGCCUCUGUGACGUGUUCUUCCAGCAGGCGGCAUCAUUCACUUUAAUCUGGGAGUUUCACACAUGGAGUUGCUCACCAUCAGACUUUUGACCUGUAAAUAGAUUGACAAGUUGGAUUUCAUUGUUCAUUUUAUAUCUGUAUGAUUAAAACUGUUUUGUAAAACACUGUAAAGUAAUCUGUUCAAAUGUUCUGUUUUGUUUAUAAGUUUGUAACAAGGUGCUUAAUCAAAUUGACUUGUGCGGGAGGUGAAGUGAAACAUUUCUGCAGAUCUGAUCUUAGCUAAUCAAAUUAUAUCAGAAUUCAGCAUCUGUAGGUUUAGCAUCCUGUGAGUCUGGAGAAAUGUCAAUGGAAUCAUUUUUAAAUUAAACAUGUUCAUAAAAUUGUCCAAA